UUUUUGAAACAGAGAUCCAAAGUGCUUUACAAACAAGACAUAUACAUAAGGGUAUAACCAUAACCAAUCAAACAAGCAUAGGGAGCAUGUAAAUACAAACAAAGGAAGACAAGACAAGAGAGAAGUGUAACUGGGGGAAAGGUCAUGAAGUGCCUUAUAUGUAAUAAGUAAGAUCUUAUUGUUGAUUCUAAAUUCUACCGGAAGCCAAUGAAGGAAUGUGAGACCAGGAGUAAUGUGGGACCGACGGCUGGUUCUGGUUAAAAGUGUGGCGGCUGCAUUUUGGACUAACUGUAAACGAUUUAACGAAGCUUGACUGAGGCACGUUUAGAGAGGAGUUACAGUUAUCUAGACGGGAGGAAAUGAACAGUAGAAACCACAGCGACCCAGCUUCCUCUUUACCCACAAGUCUUAACCAAAAACACAAUGAAACACGUCUUUUUGUUGAUUCUCUUGUGUCACGUUUCAUCAGCAGUGAAACACUCCCUGAAGUUUAUCUUCACUGCAUCUUCUGGAGUCCCAGACUUCCCAGAGUUUGUGGCUGCUGGAGUGGUUGAUGAUAUUCUGUCGGGUUACUGCGACAGCAACAAAAAGAUAGUAGAACCAAAACAGGACUGGGUGAACAGAUUAUUUGAAGAUGAUCCUCAGCACUUCGAGUUGUACACUACAGAGUGUUCAGAGAAGCCACUCUUCUUCAAAGCCAGAAUUAAUAAUUUGAAGCAGCGCUUCAACCAAAGUGGAGACCUUCCCUCAGUGUCUCUCCUCCAGAAGACUCCCUCCUCUCCAGUCAGCUGCCACGCUACAGGUUUCUACCCUGACAGAGCCUUGAUGUUCUGGAGGAAAGAUGGAGAGCAGCUUCAUAAGGACGUGGACCACGGAGAGAUCCUCCCAAACCACGAUGGAUCCUUCCAGAUGAGUGUUGACCUGAACCUUUCAUCAGUCACACCUGAAGACUGGAGGAGGUACGACUGUGUGUUUCAGCUCUCUGGUGUGAAGAACGACAUCGUCACCAAACUGGACAAAGCAGAGAUCAGGACCAACUGGGUUUCUCCCUCAGAGUUUCCUGCUGGUGCUGUUAUUGGAGUUGUUGUAGGACUGCUGCUGCUGGCACUCUGCAUCACUGGACUCUUCAUCUGGAGAAGGAACAAUAAUGGAUUCAGAGCUGCAAACACUUCAGAUUCCUCAUUGCCAUUGGACAAAACUCCAGCUCCUGACUGAUCACAGUUCCCACUGAAGAUAAAAGAGAACUCCAAUGACGUUACCGUGGCAUCCAAACCAUUUCUUUUCCAGAGAGCACUUUAUUCUCAUUUGUAGAAGACUUUUUUAUAUUAUAGUAUAGUUUAUAUUAUUAGGUACUAGAACUCAUCUUUCUUUGGUAAUUAGGAAGAAGUCCAGUCAUGGGAGACACAGUCAUAUCCAACCCUUUAUUUCUCACAUCAUGGACUGUAUGAUGUUUCUUUCAAUGCUUCUUAUAAAACACUGCACUACUAAUGACUGAACUGAACCCCUGUUGUCUUCCAGUUGUGUCACAAAAUCUCAGUGUAUAAAGAUCACUGAAUGGCUUAGUCCCAACAUAUAUCACUGACUUGCUUGUACAGUAUGUAACACGUAGGCCUACACAUGCAUGCACACAGUUGAUUGAUCACAAUAUUUGUUUCAUGGGAUUUUACAAAACCUCCAUGAGGUUUAGACAGUGCACUCAAGUGAGCGACUCAUUGUGAUGUACAGUAUAAUGCUAAAAGACAGCAGCGCUCACAGGUGUGUUGAAAUACUAUGUUUAGUAAAAUGAUGUUAAUUUAGGAUCUUGAUACAGUGUUUGUUUUUGGGUAACUCCUUAAAUACUUUUUAACAGACUGCUUCUGUCCCUGAUGAUGGUGCUGACAAAAAUAGUCAUUUUAAAUGUUGUAUUGACGUCAAUGACAAGAAUUUAAUCUCUGAAUGUGAUGGAAACAUUUCUUGAUCUGAGUUUACGAGGAACAAAUGGCUUACUCCAACCGUUUUAUUGUUGUAAGUAUCAAUUUUCUGUUAACUGAUAAUAAAAAUCAUUAUUUGGAUUUAAGUAAA